AUGACAUGGACUCCUCUACGGUCUUCUAGGAGGACCCAUGCUUCAAUAUGCCAAUUCUGCCAGUUUUCUACGUUUUCUCCCAAACAAUUUAGCCUGUCAUCUCAACCUUCGCCCUUGCCAGCACGCCCCAAAGGCCCUCGAAAAACGUCUCUUAGACCCAGAAACAGUCCGACAAGGUUCGGAUUCCUUAACGUCUCUGCUCAGACUCUUGCGUGUCUUUCGGCUACCCCGCCUCAAAAUGACCCAGACCAUAUGCUUCGUGACGCGCUCCAAGACUCCCAUGCAAUAAUUACGGCGACGACGUUACCUACGGAAGAAACAAUCCUUCAUUUGUUUGAACGAUGCAAGAUCAUCGCCGAUAUCGCCCUUUCUGAUCAUUAUAUCUCGACGCAGAAGACCGAAAACAAUGCCACGUCGUCACUGCUGGACUUGGAAGACGAGAAUGGCGCGAGUAACAAGGCGCCCGCAAAAACAAAAGUAAUACCGAAGAAAAAUUUCCGACAGAGGGCUAUCAUUGCGGUAUCAUCGCUGCUAAAUGAAGUGAUAUGCGACCCGAAAGUCUUCAUAUCACCGAAUAUACUACGCGAAUAUACCAUCAUCCAGACCCAACUUAAGAAAGCCAACCAUUUCCCUGAAGUUUUCUCCCUCUACGCCAACAAGCCCGCACCGCAAGCCAACGGCUCGGUAAUAACAUACCGUGCCGAAAAUCCUAAGGCUGCGAAAAAUGCUAUUCCGCAAGACCUGGCUGACAUGGCUCUCGACGUAGCCAUUGAACAAAAAAAUCUCCCCCUCGCCUUCGCUAUCGUCGAUAAAACCUUCUGCGCCCCCGCCUUCCACCGCGCCAAAAUCCUCCGAAAGGCCUCUCUGCCCAUUGCCGGACUAGCUAGCACCCCGCUUGCAGCAUACGGGCUGGCCAGUUAUGCCGCCACCUUCCAGAAUACCAUCAACCCAACUACAUCAACGUGGAUGGCUUUCUCCGCCAUCAUGGCAUAUGUUACGUGUACAUCGUCCCUCGGGCUUAUUGCACUCGCCACGGCAAAUGAUCAGAUGCGCCGGGUGGUGUGGUUACAGGGGACGCCGUUGCGAUAUCGGUGGCUGAGGGAAGAGGAACGCUGCGCAAUGGAUAAGAUUGCUAUGGCUUGGGGGUUCAAAGACCCUUGGAUGCAGGGUGAGGAGGAAGGGGAAGAGUGGGAGAGCUUGAGGGAGCUUUUGGGGAUGAGGGGCAUGAUUUUGGAUAAAACGGAUUUGAUGGACGGUAUGGAGUAG